AUGCUAGAAUAUAUUCCACCGUUAUUGUCCAAUGAUGCGCCGGACGAUUACGAGUCCUUGCCACCUACAUCAAGUGUCUCCACUCACAUGAUGGCCGGCGCCAUGGCCGGCAUGAUGGAGCAUGUUAUUAUGUAUCCACUGGAUUCGGUCAAGACGCGAAUGCAAACUUUGCGACCGAAUCCAAAUGCAUCCUAUCGCUCAGUGCCUGAGGCUCUCUACAAAAUGGUGCGCUAUGAAGGCGUGUUCAGACCAAUCAAGGGCGUUUCGGCAGUCAUUUGCAGCGCCGGACCAGCACACGCCCUCUACUACUCGUGCUACGAAAAGAUGAAGGAAACUAUUAGCGGCACCAAUGAGGCCUACAAGCAGACCCACCUGGCUCACGGAGCCGCCGGCUGUCUGGCCACGCUUCUUCACGACGCCGUGAUGAAUCCGGCUGAAGUGGUCAAACAGCGAAUGCAAGUGUACAACAGUCCGUACAACUCGUGCACCGCCUGCAUGGUGGACGUCUUUCAAACGGAAGGCAUUCGCGCCUUUUAUCGCAGCUACUUCACCACUUUGAUGAUGAACAUCCCCUUUCAAAGUAUUCACUUUGUCAGCUACGAGUUCAUGCAAAAUAUCAUGAAUCGCAAGCGCGAGUACAAUCCUAAUGCACACGUCGUUUCCGGAGCUGUGGCUGGUGGCUUCGCCGCUGCCGUCACCACUCCCUUGGACGUCUGCAAAACGCUCAUCAACACGCAAGAGAAGCAAAUACUGAACGCUUCGAAGCAGCGCAGCGUCACUGGUCUCAUCAGCGCGGCCACCACUGUCUAUCGGUGUUGCGGCAUCAAGGGCUACUUCCAAGGCCUGCAAGCGCGCGUCCUCUACUCUAUGCCUGCCACGGCCAUUUCUUGGUCGGUCUAUGAGUUUCUCAAAUACUUUAUUAGCAAUAGCAAUAAAAAGAAUUUGAAUGGUUCGCAUUCCUCUUCUUCCAAUUCAGCGAACCUCAAUAUAAACAUCAACCUACCGAAGAUGCCCGUCAGUGAGCUCAGUGUAAAGUGA